CCCGUCGCAAAACCGUCCCGGUCCCCGAGUUAAAACAGGACGCGCCCGAUUCCCGGCACACGAGCCGGCGAGCCGCGCAACCUUCGACUCCGAGGGGAACCGCUCACCGGAGCACCACCGACCCGCGGACAUGGCCGACGAGGGGAAGCACCUGGAGACGGGCCGGGCCGACCGCUCCGUCUGGCUCAUGAAGUGCCCGACCAUCGUCUCGCGCGCCUGGCAGGAGGCCGCCGCCGCCGCCGCCGAUGCGGGAGGCCCCAACCCUAACCCUAACCCCGUCGUCGCCAAGGUCAUCCUCUCCUUCGACCCGCUCAGCACCGACGAGGACCCGAACCAGUUCAAGAUGGAGAUGGCUCAAACUAAUAAUGGCAACACACCGAAGAAUUACUCUUUAAAUAUGUUCAAGGAUUUUGUGCCAAUGUGUGUUUUCUCAGAGUCUAACCAAGGUAAGCUUGCAUGCGAAGGAAAAGUCGAGCACAAAUUUGACAUGGAACCGCACAAAGAAAACCUUUCAGACUAUGCAAAAUUAUGCCGUGAGAGGACUAAAAAUUCUAUGAUUAAAACAAGAAAAGUGCAUGUACUUGACAAGGAGCAUGUGAACGUGCGCACAAUGAUUAGCAUGAUUGGUGGCGGGCCUCAUUCUGGUCCAAAGGACAAGAAGAAGCCGGCGCCAACCAGAACUCCUGAAGUGAAAAGAACACGCAGGGAUCGUGGGGACAUUGAAAACAUCCUAUUCAAGUUAUUUGAGAGGCAGCCGAAUUGGUCACUGAGGCAUCUAAUGCAGGAAACUGAUCAACCAGAGCAAUUCCUGAAGGAGAUAAUGAACGAUCUUUGUGUCUACAACAAGAGAGGACCGAAUCAAGGGACACAUGAGCUCAAGCCUGAAUACAAGAAGUCUGUUGAGGACACUAGCGCGACCUGAAGUCUAUAUCAUCUCUUAUGAUAUGCUAUACCUGAGAGCUAGAAGCCCGUAUGCUCUGAUAAGUUGAAUGUGGGUCAUUGACAGAUUCUGACUCCAGCCUGUUAGUUGCUGAUGAAUCGCGUAUGCUUCAUCUGGUUGUUCUUUGCAAAAGUAAUUUUUACGCUGUAUAAGCCUCGAGAUAUCUUGUUAUACCACGGUUUGCCGUAUCAAAGAUCCUGAGUUUUCAGCA